AUGAGUUGUGCUAAAUGCGAAAGACCGUUUCGUCAUGGAACUGAGGAUACUAUAACGAUCAAUCGAAAAACGUACCAUUCCGAUUGUCUAUCGUGUGAUAAAUGUUCGAAACCCUACGAUGGAUCGUUCACACCGGAUGCACUCGACCAAGAAGCACUUUGUCUCGAAUGUACACAAGCGGAGAAAACCAAAUCCGCCAAAGCCAAUCAAACAAAACCUGUGGAAACCAAAGCGGCUGUUACACAUUGCGGUGGAUGUGGUCUUCCAUUUAAUCCUGACUCUCGUCACAUAACGAAACGAUAUAAUAAUAAAGAAUAUCAUCAUAAUUGUUUGAAAUGCCAAUCGUGUCAAACAUCGAUCGAAGGCGAAAUCUAUGAAGAUGACAAAGAGAAUAAGAUCUACUGUACGUCAUGUUUUAAACAACGUGAUCAGAAAAGUUUUCAAAAGCAAAAGCAAGAAAAACAACAAAACCAGCAAAAGUCCGUUCAUUUUGCGGAGAAAUUAGCAGAAACAUUGAACCGAGAUGAACUAGCCGCGUACUAUCGAGGUGAACUAGACCGAGACGAUGAUCUACCUCCAAUGGCAGGUAGAACACACACAGGAAAAAUCAAUUAUUGCGCUGCAUGUAUGUUACCAUUCCAUGCUGGUAGUUGUAUUACUGAAGCAUGUGGCAAAGAAUAUCAUUAUGAAUGUUUUCGUUGCGAAAGAUGUUCGCAGCCAAUCGAUGGUAAUUUCUCAAUCAGUCCCGAUGGAUCGAAAUUUAAAUGUGGAAGUUGCCCUCAACAGAAUUAUAAUUCUUCGACUAAAUUCUGCACUGGAUGUGGCUCAGCGAUUGAGCCGAACGUCCAUCGUCGUAUUGACUUCAAAGAUCGUUCAUUUCAUGCCGAAUGUUUCACUUGCGCUAUCUGCCGCCGUCGAAUGGAUCCAUCUCAAACAUUCCUCCUGCGUAAUGAUCAACCAUGGUGCCAACAGUGUGAAAUCGAUACGAAAUAUUGCACAGUAUGUGCCAAACCGAUCUUGUUAUCGGGUAUCACAUACGAAGGGCAGGAGUAUCAUGUUGCAUGUUUCAAAUGUUCAAACUGUCAUAAGCUAUUGGAAAAUGAGAAACUACUCUGUGCACAUAAUGGCGAACCAUUGUGUGUGGAAUGCAAUGAUGAGUUGUUUGCUAAACGUUGUUAUGAAUGUAAGAAGAUUAUUCCGAGCAGCGAGCGUGGUACGAUUGUUGCUGAUAAGCCCUACCAUGAAAAAUGCUUUGUUUGUGUUAAAUGUCGUCGGCCGAUUGGUACGAAAACAUUUUAUAAAGGGCCCAGUGGAUUUCUGUGUGUGAACUGUGCAUAA